CUCUGCUACAGCUCCACCCUCUAUACCACCGGCGGAAUGACCUCGUCCCAACCGAGCCCCAUCACCAUGCACGAUGAAGAAAGACCACCCCAAACCGCAUUCUCCAUCCUCGAACCACCUGCCUCCCUCUCCGCCAUCACCACACACACGACACACCUUCGCCGGCCGGAGCCCGAAGACACCUUCCCCGAUGGCGGGACCCGCUCCUGGCUCGUCAUCCUGGGCUCUUUCUGUCUCCUCAUGGCCAGCUACGGGAUGAUGAACUCCACCGGCAUGCUGCAGAGCUACUUUGCAACGCACCAGCUAGCCGGGUACUCGACCAGCGCGGUUGGCUGGAUCCCCGGGCUCUUCACGUUCUUCGGGCUGAGUCUCAGCGUGCAGAUUGGGCCCAUGUUCGACCGGUACGGACCGACGGGCAUCUUGGUCGCUGGGUCGUGCUGCUAUGUCACUGGGCUGCUGUUGCUCGCGGAGUGCCGGUUGUACUGGCACUUUAUGCUCACGCUGGGCGUGCUGAUGGGCUCGGGCGCGGCGCUGCUGAGUACCGCGGCGAUGGCGGCGGUGCCGCAGUGGUUUGAUCGGCGGGUUGGGCUGGCGAUGGGGACGGCGAUGGCGGGUGCCGGGCUGGGCGGGGUGACGUUCCCGUUGGUGCUGCGCGCGGCGUUGACGCGGGUUGGGUACCGCUGGGCGAUGCGGUUGCUGGCGUUGAUGGUGGCGGUCAUGUGUGGGGUGGGCAUUGGGUUAGUGCGGUCGCGGUUGCCGAGGGGCUUGAGCAGGUCCAGUAUCAAUUUGAGGGCCUUUCAGGACUCGCGGUUUACUUGGUUGACGCUGGGGACGUUUGGACUCGAGCUGGAGGUCUUUGCGGGCCUGGGUCUUUAUCCCACGUACGUCGUGAUGCAGGGUUUUAGCGUGUCAACGAGCGUGAUUCUUCUUUCGGUGCAGAAUGUGUUGAGUCUCGCUUUCCCCGGGCGCGCCUUCUCCACGCUCGGUCGCCUCAUGGCUGGGGCGAUCGCGGAUAGAUACGGGCGAAUCAACACGCAAGCCGGGCUCGUCUGCCUGGGUGCGCUCGCCAUCUUCGCCAUCUGGCUCCCCUUCGGUAACACGCUGCCGGGUCUGUACGUCUUUAGCUGCGUGUUCGGGCUGGCGUCCGGAUCCUUUUUGAGCCUGGCGCCGGCAUGCAUUGGGCAGAUCUCCAAGGCCAGUGAAGUCGGGGAGCUGGAAUGCGCCGACGCUGACUCUGUUAGUACCCUCGUUUGCAUUCCCAUUGGUGGUGAGAUGCUCGAGAAGGUGGGCAGCCGUGCCAUGGUUGCGUAUCUGGGGAGUGUCUUGAUUGUCUCGCUGGGCAUGUUCGUAAUGGCGCGGUGGGCGAGCCUGAGUUAUCGAUGGCGGUGGCAGGCCAUGAUCUAG